UUCCCGGCGAGACGCGGGCGCGCGCACGCGCACCGGGGCCUCCACCAUGGCGACCGUGCUGUCCAGGGCGCUCAAGCUCCCGGGGAAGAAGAGCCCAGACCUAGGGGAGUACGAUCCCCUCACACAGGCGGACAGCGACGAGAGCGAGGACGAUCUUGUGCUUAACUUGCAGCAGAAGAACGGAGGAGUCAAAAAUGGCAAGAGUGCACUGGGGGAAGCCCCCGAGCCUGACUCAGACGUGGAGGCUGCAGGGGCCGCAAAACCACACCUUUCAGAAGUCACUGCGGAGGGGUUCCCCUCCGAGCCCCUUGGGGGCCUGGAGCAGAAGACGACGUCCUCGCUUGUGUCCUACGUGCGCACGUCUGUCUUUCUGCUAGCGUUGGGGGUCUCCAUGAUCCUGGUUCUCCUGUGUGCUUUCCUGAUCCCCUGUCCCCCCCGAGAUCUGCAUAGCACUUGGAGCCGCCGCUUGGGCUCCCAGGCAGGUGGGGACCUGUCUCCCUUGGAAUUGGCUGAUGUGAACGGAGAUGGCCUGCGUGAUGUUCUCCUCUCCUUUGUGACAUCAAGGAAUGGGAGUGCAGUUGGUGUCUCCAGGCCAGCUGCUAAUCUGGUGUGCCUCUCCGGCAUGAAUGGCAGUGCACUGUGGUCCAGUCCCCUUCCCGAGGAGGCUCGAGAGAUCACGUGUUUGGACCUGAUGCCUGGAAGCCUGGCUGAGACCACCUGCCUUGUGACAGGGACACACAAGAUGCUGAGUGCAUUCAAUGCAACCUCAGGGAAAGCCAUUUGGACUUUAAACCCCAGCUCCUUGUCUAAUGGCACCUUGGCCGCCCCAGUUGCAGUGCUGCCGGACUUGGAUGAAGACGGCGUCAGGGAUCUUGUGGUCCUGGCCAUCGGGGAAGUGCAGCCAGAUCUGUGCUUCCUGCUGGUGUCUGGCCGGACAGGGAGUCCACUGGGCCGGCCAGUCAAGUACAACAUCGUGGGAGUGGGGAAUCUGAUUGGUCCUCAGGUUUACGUCACCGCAAACGGGGCUGUCUACAUCCUGUUUGGCUUUGGAAAUAUACAAGCUGUGGCUCUGCGGGACAUUUUUGUUCAGGCCCAAAAUCGAGACAGCUCACCACCUUCUCUGCAGAUAGAAGAGCCAGAGUGGGAGAAGCGAAGAUCUGUCAAUCUGUCUGAGCUCAUCAACAUUUACAGUGAUGGCGUGGAGCUGCUCCAGUUAGUGAAGGCACCGGACUCCAACUGCAGCAACCUCCUGAUUACAACCAGACAAGGCCUGGUCCUGCUUCGUGGCCAAAACCUGACGCCCUAUUGGACACUGAGCCUUCCAGGCCUGCGCAGCCAGCCUACUCCUGGAUAUUUCACCGAUGAUCAGACGCUAGACUUCCUUCUGCAGAUCCAAGAUGGAAUUGGGAUGAAAAAGAUGAUGGUGGUGGAUGGCAACUCCAGCUCCAUCGCAUGGAGUUACAGUGCCCCGUGCCACGUGAAGGACACGCCAGCCACCUCAGCGCUUACCGCAGACCAGAAGUCCGUCUUCCUCUUCUGGGCAGAAGGGCUGUCCGCUGCAGCUCCGAAUUCGGAUAUCGUGCCAGGAACUGAGCCACCCCGCGUUUACCACCUUUACCUCCUGCACCCAGCCUUCCCCUCCAUUCUUCUGGAUCUGGCCAAUGCCACGGGCACCGUGACAGCUUCAGAAGUUGGAAUUAACGACCUCUGGAAGGAUGCCUUCUACGUUACCAGGAUGACAGGGCUGAACUCUGAAGGGCACCCAGCGCCCCUGGUGGUCAGCAAGCUUAGCCUGCGGUGGGCACUGAUGGAGGGCCAAGUGGUCCAGCUAAAGGAGACUACUCCCAAAAUUGGUCGUGGUGAGCUGCGAAGGUUCCUCUCCAGGAUAAAGUUUGUUGAUUCUCCCUACCAGAUCUAGUCUGACGGAGUCUGCAGUUUCAGAAGGGGGAACACAGCGGAUGCCAGGGUGGAAUCCGUCCUCGCCCUGGAGAGAAGACGUCAGCCGCCUCCACCACCUCUGUGUGACUGGCGCGCGGCACUUGGGGAGGCGCCUAUCGCAGUGGGCCUGAGCUCUGCCGCCCGUGCGCCUCCCCCACCUCCCGCCCCUCUAGGAACUCCUUGUGCAGAGUUUGCAAAUGGGUUAUAAGUUUUUUUUUUUUUUUUGUAUGUCUUAAUUUAUAAAUUCUUGCUGGGAAACCAGUGAAGGCUAUGACUAGCCUGCAUUAUGCUGUGUGCAUGGAGCGUGUGUGUGUGUGUGUGUGUGUUUUGUUUUGGAGUAUGGUAAAAUUGUUUUCCAGGUAUGUCCUCAACUUCAGGGAUCCAGUUCCUUGUUCUCUGUGAAAUAUUUGUAGUCUGUUGUCUUGAGACUUGCAAGUGGCCUGAUUGUGAAGGUCACUCAUGAGUUCUCUCCUCUCCCCACUUUCCUGUUGGUUAUUUCCCAAUUGUAGAUAGCAGGUGCAAAACACUGAGUUAGCCACCCCAGCAUUUUCACCUCUUCCUUGUCUUGUGCAUCCUGUUUCCUUGUGCUUUCCACCUCUAUCUAGGAAGUGACCAUAAGAAUAACCUUUUCCCUACCACAGAGGGAGCAAGAGAAGUAGUUUCAGUGACCCUCUCCGACCAAGUCCCCGUGCUGUGUUCCACGUGGCUUUGAUGGUCCUGCCAGUCAUGACCAUUUUCCUGCCGUAACCUCAGGAGAGAGUGUGUGCCUGCUGUCUUCAGCGUAGAGGCGGCCAGCAUCAGGAACCACGCAGGCCCGUGAAUUGCUGCUGCUCUCUCAGUGUCUUUUUCUAGAAGGCGUCCUCCUUGCCUCCUCUUGCUUUUGCUUCCUCUUUUAUUCAGGGAUAUGUUUCUGGACUUUUCCUUCUGAGUCCAGUAUGCAACCAUUUUCCUCUAUGCUCCCCUCCCUUCUGAUAGACCCUUUGAAGCAUUAUAUUUUGAAGAAAUUUAUAGGUAAAUAACUUUGUAAAUGGUUAGGUUCUUUAGAAUUAGCUCCAGGGCUUAUUCCCCCUUCUUCUAUAGAAAUUUGUUCUAUUAGGUCCUUCUCUGUACUUGUAGGCCACUGCUCGCAUGGCAGAAGACUCCACAGUGGCUGGUGGAGAACUGCUUUUCUUCUUGAAGCAUUCUGACCAGACAUCCAUGAAUGUAAAUCAGGCUCUCUCAUUACUUAGAGUUCUCUUUUUAGCUUAUGCUAAUAAACGGAUUCCAGAAAAUGACGGACUGCAGAUUGAAAGGGAUAUCUAUUAAUUGCCGAUUAAUAGGCAUUAUGACAUCCCAGGAGGUCAGUAGUGAUGGGUCCAAGCUGGCACGUUGUUCUGGCCUGCAGAUGGUCCUUAACAAGGUUACUGGCCAUCUCUGCCUCAGACCCACAUUAGCAAAUUUGGCUUCAAUGCUUUGGGAGUUGUGUGCAGGUCCAGCUUGAAUUUUGUGGCACAGUUAAAAGGAGACCCAAGUAUGGAGAUGGUUCCCAGAUCUUUUUUAGGGUUUGAGUCUACUUGAUACUAAGGGCCUAGGAUCUAGUGUGGUUUAGUGUAGAAUUCUAAAGACUAAUUCAUAGUUGACUCCUGUGGCCUGACUGAGCCAGCUAGGCCUAACCGGGUUCCUGACCAAGUUGCCGCUGGCUGGGAAGCUAGCCGUACUGGAAGGGAGUGAAAUACAAGGUUGCUUACUGGGGACCUGUUGGGGGCCACUGUUUUGGGCAAGGGUGGUCCCAGAAGAACCUAGAAAAACGCAAUGUCACUGAAUUCCUUAUGGUGCAUGAAUUUGCAGACUUAACAUAGAUUCUGACUGUGGUAAGGUUGCCUCCUCCCUUGCUGUUAAACACGGUUCCAGCUUCAGAUUUCUUCCUCCUGCAGCUGGCACGGAAGCGGGUGAGUGGUGGCUGGAGAUUGAGGAAGCUUCAUCUGACCCACGGGGGUGCUGGUCUCUUGUCAAGUAUGUCCCCAAACUUCCUUCUCCUUACAGGCAGCCACUACCCAGACGAUGUCUGGGCUAGCAGGAGCUCCUUCCCUCCCCCUCUCCUGCUGUGGGCGGGGGUGCCAGCCAAGGCAGUGUGAGCAUGACUUAGACAUAGUGAUGACUUCUGCAGAUGCAAGGGUCUGCCCCUCCUCCUGGCCUCUCCUCUUUCCUCUCCUCCCAAACCUCCCCACUCUGCCCUAGACAACCCCCUCACCACUCCCGAAAUGUGUGGCAUGGGGAUCCUCUCAGCCCUGUGAAUGUGAAUGUGAGCUCCCCUCAUUGUGCACACGAAAGAAGAGCCAGCUGGUAUAUUGUCAGGAAGCACUAUUGAAAAUGUGAACUGUUACAGAACAAAUAAAAACCGUGUUCCAGAA